AUGCCUAUAUCCUAUGAUAAAUGGGACAAGCUCGAAGUCUCAGAUGACUCUGAUGUUGAAGUGCACCCAAACGUCGAUACCAAGAGUUUUAUUCGAGCGAAGCAACGGCAGAUUCACGAGCAACGUGCCCAACGGAAGCUUGAAAUCGAAACCCUCAAGUACGAACGAGUUAUCAAUGAUGGACUAUUGGAAAGAAUCAAUGCUCUACUAGACGCCCUCAAAAGACAUCAAGCAGAAGCCGCCACGAAGAAUGCAGUGGAGCUUGUCUUCCAGUCUUUGAUUGAAAGCGCUGGGGAUCCUGCCAAGGAUGAACCUCCCAAACCCCCAGAGGGUGUGUACACACAUCAGAAAGAGCCGCAGCCAAGGUAUUCCAAGAUGAUGGGUACCCUUGUGGACCAAGUCAAGAAAGAGGUGGACGAGAAGAACUCCUCCGACAGAUUCAACGACUUUGUCGUAGGCGUCAACGGCCACCUAUCCAAGGUCCAAAAAUUGCAGCAAGAAUUGCUGAAGAGAUUGGCAGAACUCGAAAAGGAGGCGACCGCAAAGAUCACGAGUGAGGAUAUUCAUGAGGGCUUCAGUUAUUCUUCCGUCAACAAGUCCAAACCUAAGAGUACCUCAACGGAGAAGCCGAAGCAAAGUAAGAAGACUGAAUCCAUGGAGCUGCUGAACACACCCAAAGGCUUGAGCGCUAAGACCAGGGAUGCUCUCAAGUCUCCAGACGAGGGUGUUUCGUCUGGUGCCGAGGCAGAUGUCGAAGACGGCGCACUCCAGCAGCAUGAAGACGAGGACGAGGGCGAGGACGAGAGCAGUUUCAAGCUUUCCCCUGAGGGAAAGCAAUUCGCGAAAAUCAAGUUGGGCGAUUACAGAGCAUGCCUGCAAUUCAUCUCGGAGCAUCCAGAAAUUGUCAACGAGCAAACCCAAGAUGGACUGAUGAUUGAAGCUUUCAAUGCCCAAAUGAAAGGUCAGGACGAAUACGCAAAAGGCUGCGUGCAUCAGAGUUUGUUGAUCCAAUAUUGCCGACAACUUGGCCGUGAUGGGGUUGGCGUGUUCUUUAAGCGCAUCACCACGAAAGGCCAUCAAGCUCAACAAGUCUUUACCAAAGACCUGGCGGAAACCUACGAGCGGAUCAAGACACGAGCAGCAGAACUCAGCAAAGAAGAAGGCACAGACCCGGCAGGCGUAGAACAAAUCCAGCUGCAUGCAGUCGAGCCGGGCACCGAGAUCCACAUCAACGUGCCACAGGCUGGGUCAGAGGACCCCGUUGAGCAACAAUCUCGAGAGAUCUUUGAGAGAUUCCCACCUGGGCUCCAGCGUGCUCUGGAAAGUGGUAGCCUAGAUGAAGUUAAUGUCGUGCUCGGAAAAAUGAGUGUUGACGAGGCCGAAGAGAUUGUGGAACUCCUGGGACAAGGUGGUAUGCUGAGUCUGCAAGAAGGAGUGAUCGACGCGACCAAUGAAGAAGGUCAAAAGAGACUAAAGGAGAUAGAGGAAGAAGAACGACGAAGGAAGGCAUCGGAAGGCGAGCCUGGUGAGGCUGUAGAGGCAUGA